AUGAAGGGUUCAAAUAUAUAAAAAUAGUUUAUUACUAAAAUAAUUAAUGUAGAAAGCAAUGGUUUUUGGAUUGGAUUACAUCUCAGAAAAAAUAUUCGCAUUUUAAACAUAUAAACCAAAUUAUUUUAAAAUCUUCCUUUCCUUUUAGCUAUCAGGAGACUAUGUUAAAUCCUUAGAUAUUCCAGUCAAAAGAGUAAUGAACCCUGUAACGAAUAUUUUUCAUCUGUUUAUAUUCCCUAGAACUAAAUUAUCUCAUCAAAAAUAGUCAAACUAUUAAUAUUAUUAAUAUUAGUAGCGCUUAAUCAGAGAAUGAAUAAGAUUUGCAUUUUAAUAUAUAGCAAAGCAUUCAAUUUAGAACAUCAAGUAUAUUUGGAACAAUGA